AUGCCUUAUGGCCACGAGGUCAAGAUGCAUAAGUCGAUCUCCAAAAGUGAAAUGCAAUUACAUUGCAAAUCCUCCAAUGAAGAAAUUCGAAAAUCAGGUCGCAUAUCUGGAGAAAAUGCAGUUAGUCCUUGUGGAAAAAUUACUGGAAGUGGGGAAUCUGAAGGGAAAAACUCCUCCAACCACGGUAAAUCUCACAUUCUCCACUCGGAAAGGGAGCGUCAGGAAUUACUUUUUCGGGGUAUCAAUUCGUGGAAAGACCGGCAAAACGAAAGCAGAGAACAGAGAGAUAUACAACAUUAUCGAACAAGCAAGGAAAGAGAGAGUAAAAAUGAUGAAAACGAUGUAUUUGAAUGUCCAAACCGAGAAAAAAUUCAAAGGUUACUCACAAUCCUGGGGCCAUUGUUCAGAGUCGGUACCCUGGAGGGCGCUUCAUGGAAAGAAGACUACUCGAAAACACCGUGCUACGUUGUACUCCCUGACAGUAGACCAAAAUGGAGAAUCGAUGAAUCCAUGUCCCUAUUGUCGUACGAUAAUAGAUUCGUCUUAUCUGGCAAUAAUCCGACUUUGGAAGUCGAAAUGAUUGAGAAUGAACCAGACCGUUGUCACAUUGCAAAAUCUCUUGAUAUAGAGAUACAAAGCGGUGAUCUUCAAAAAGAUAAUAUUUAUCAGAAACCAGAGAAACCAGCGCCAUGGGGCGUCUCAUUAGAUGGAACUGUGUGGGAGCUAUCCGAUAUUUACGCAUGUUUUGCUGGUUCUUUGUCUUAA